AUGGUAGGUGGGCAGCUAGACGUGGCUAUCGUGAUCAAAGUAGAAGUCGUAGAUGACCUUCUCCAUUGCCCUUCGGGAUGCAGUAUCAGUUCCGUCAGGACGAUGAAUGGAAGUCAUCUCGGUCUUAUAAUUGACAAAGCUCUGGCGGGCUUUGCGAAUGCUUUUUACAGCCCAGGCGGCUUCGGCCAGCACUGUCGUGAAGGCGUUCGACAAGGCGGUUGUAUUCUUCAUCGAUGA